AUGGCUAGGUUACUGUCGAAUACAAUCUUGAAGGGUAUUUCGCGUGCAUCACCUUCUCCUAGAAUUGUACCUGCGUCUUUUAACCACAUUGGACUGAGAUUCUCUACUACUGUUACCAAUGAUCCCGACAGUCAUGCAGAUUUUCAACCAAAUAACAAGGAUGGGAGUGGUACUUUUUCCAGAACAAAUUUUAAGGAAUUUGUUGAAAAGGAUGUCAAGGAACACCCUGUAGUAAUUUUCAUGAAGGGGUACCCUGAGCUUCCUCAAUGUGGGUUUAGCGCACUGGCAGUGAGAGUUUUGAAGCAUUACAAUGUUCCUUUAGCUGCUAGAAAUAUUUUGGAGUAUCCUGAGCUAAAACUUGGAGUGAAAGCAUACAGCAAUUGGCCUACAUUUCCCCAAAUUUUUAUCAAGGGAGAGUUUAUUGGUGGCUCAGAUAUAAUUAUGAAUAUGCACCAGAAUGGCGAACUGAAGGAAAAGCUCCAAGAUAUUUCAGGCAAAGAGGAAUCUGAAUAA